UCUUUCUUUUAGUGAUAAUAUGUUAAGUGAGACUUCUUAAUAGUUUAAAUCUACAUUAUAUACGAAUUUAUAAUUAUAUAUAUGUAUCUAUUAUUGUUAUCAUAACCCUUCGAAAGACCUAAAAUUUGAAGGAAGCGUAUGCAAUCACUUAUCUUUUAAACAUUACAAUAAAUAUCAGAUCAGCUUCAUUAAAUAUAACCAAUAAAAAAAUGGUUAUAUGUAUAAGAAAAUUAGUUCUACCGUUAUCACGGUCGAUUGCAAAAAAUUUGUUAGUAGCUCGCCAAAUGAAUACAGCUAUAAAAACGGAGUCUGUAAAAUCGUUGUUUUACAAGGAAUAUGGAGAACCUGUGGAUGUUUUACAUUUUACAACACAAACUAUUAAUCAACCAGAAAGCAACCAAGUUUCUGUAAAAUGGUUGUUAGCCCCUGUUAAUCCAGCAGACAUCAAUACCAUACAGGGUAAAUAUCCAAGUAAACCACCUUUGCCAGCUAUUCCAGGAAAUGAAGGAGUAGGUGAAGUAAUAGCCAUUGGGUCUGACGUGAAGGGUUUAAAUGUUGGUGAUAAAGUUAUUCCAAAUGGUGUGAAUUUAGGGACCUGGAGAACUCAUGCAAAUUACAAGUCAGAAGAACUUUUGAAGGUUCCAAAAGAUGUUGGCACUGUAGAAGCUAGUAUGUUAAAUGUCAAUCCAUGUACUGCAUACAGAAUGCUUAAAGAUUUUGUACCACUGGUACCUGGAGACACUGUGAUCCAGAAUGGUGGAAAUUCUGCAGUUGGGCAAAUUGUUAUACAGUUGUGUAAAGCAUGGAAUUAUAGAUCUGUUAAUGUUGUUAGAGAUAGGCCAGACAUAAAAGAGUUGAAGGAUUACUUAAUUAGUUUGGGUGCAGAUGAAGUACUUACUGAAGACGAAAUAAGAAAGACUCAAAUUUUUAAAAGCAAAAAGUUACCAUCACCAAAAUUAGCUCUUAACUGUAUAUGUGGGCAAAAUGCAGUGGAAGUGAUGCGGCAUUUACCACAUGGAGGAAUUAUGGUAACUUACGGUGGCAUGUCUAGAGAACCUUUAACAGUUGCUACUUCUGCACUUAUUUUCAAGGACAUUACUUUAAAAGGAUUUUGGAUGACAGCAUGGACAAAGGCGAAUAUGAAUUCGCAAGAACGGAUAAAUAUGUAUAAUGAAUUAGGAGCAUUAUUCAGAGAUAAAAAAUUAAAAGCUCCACCACAUAAAUUGGUUCCAUUUUGCCAGUAUCAAGAAGCUGUUACAAAUGUACUUAAUGUGAAUGGUAAAACUGGGGUAAAGUAUAUUUUGGAUCUGACCAAACCUUAAAAUGAAUAAAAUUCUUCUUUCCAAGAAAGAAGAAUCUAAUAACUUCUUAACACAGCUAUUGCAUCUUUUCCAAAAAAUAAUGGCUUUGUAAUUUUUAUAAUACGUAUUUUAUAAUGCGAAAAAUUUAAUUCAAAAUCUAACUUAAAAUAAUUAAUUAAUAUCUUAAAUACAACUCACGAUCGAAAAUUCAACACAUAAUAAAUGUAACAUCAGACAUAGCAAAUUUACAUAAAUUGUUGCUAAAAUAAUUACAAAACAGCUAUUUUGAUUAAUAUCAAUAAUUAAUCAGUGAAUUAGUAUAUUAAAUAUAUUCCUUUAUGUUGCAUGAAUAAUAAAUUUGUGUAUUAUAAAAAAUUGUACCAUCAUGUACAAAGCAGUUGUAUAACUGUAGAGCAAAUGUAUAAGAAUAUUUUGUUUAUUUGUUAUUUAAUUAUUAGUGUAAUUUGGAAAUAAAUUAAGAAAAAUUA